GAGCAAUUAUUUAUAGCACUGACAUCUAGUGGUCGCUUGUAUUAUUACCACCUUUAGCUUUCUUCCGACAUCUUUACUAGGUCUUAGUUGAUAAGCAUGUUAAUAAGAUGUCUUUACUCCACCAAUCCCCAGAGGACAAGUUCUUAGCUGUGCUGUCUGUUUUGUACUUAAGGCAAGUGCCUUUGUUUCCCGGGGUCCCGUAUCAUCAAUAAGGUGUUCCUGCAAUAAAGGCUGAUUGAGAAGGAUUCAACGGUGUUGGGUCUUCCUUGCCGGUCGAGGUGGGCGCGACAACUGGUGGCCCAUACGGGGACCCGAGAAAAUCUUUUCUCGUCUGGAUCCAGAACUUUUUCAGCCUCAGGACGGUCGGCGUCUGGUAAGUUCCCGGGAGCGGGGGCGGGGGGGGCAGUUAGUUGCCAGAAUUGGGACAAUAGAGUUCCUAGAAGUGGAACAGUAAAGUUCCUGAAAUUGGGAUAAGGGAUUGUAAAACUUCCCUGGUAGGACAAUAAAGUUCUCUGGAAAAGCAGAGGCAAUGAUAGCCUUGGUUUAGAGGCAAAAAGGGGUUUGUGGAGCACGGUAAUGUUGUCUUUUCCAUUUGAUCCUUUGUGGGUUGGACUAGCACUUUUGCCUUAUACUCUUUUUGUGUUGUGGUGUUGCUUCUGUCUGAAUUGCCACCGUCCAGGGCACGAAUGCAUUUUUUGGGAAGAGUCCACUGAUGAGCCACAAGAUCGUGUGUAAAUAAACACGCCAGCUCGCCAGCUCGCCUUGCUCGUAAAUCGAUCGUAAAUAAGGUCGUAAAAGCAUGGGAAGCUCACACUCCACCCCGCUCCUGUCAGCUCUUCAGGAGCUUCUUGGUCAGCGUAAGCUUAAAAUUGAAAAGAAAAUCCUGCUGAGUUUUCUUUAUGAGUGUAACCGUUGUGCCCCGUGGUUUAUAGUGUCAGGGUCGCUCACUUUGAGAGCAUGGGAGAAGCUGGGAAAAGAUCUGGAUAAGGAGACUACAGUGGGCAAGCUUAAACCAGGGACAAGGCCGCUUUGGCGUAUGAUCCGUGCCUGCUUGGAAGAUAAACGAUGUGAAGAAGCUGUUAGGACAGGUCAGAGAAUCCUUACAGAACAACAGGAGAGUAUGUCAGAAGGAGAGAAAGUUUUGAAGGAAGGAAAGAAAGGAAAAGGAGGAAAAGAAGUAAAAGAAAAGGCAGAAAAGAUCAAGGAGAGGACAGACAAAGGCGGGAAUAGUAAUCAGAAUCAAGGAACAAAGAGAAUUUACCCCUCAUUAAAGGCAUUGACCUUGGAGAUGUCUAGUGAUUCAGAGUUUAGUGAUAGUGACUUAGCUGACCUUGAGGAGGAGGUAGCUCAUUAUGAGAAAGAGAUUUAUCAUUCUGACUGGCCAAACACUUAUGCUGUGCAGAAACAAGCCAAGGACUUAAAUAAGAAGGCAAUUAUGCCAACAGCACCUCCUGCACCACCGUAUAACUUUCAAAGGAAAACAGUGGUGAAGUCUGCAGGAGGUACUUCUUUUUGCCCAGAAGUGUGGAAAGAGUUAGGACUGAGUUUUCCAGUUUUUCUGGAUGCAAACGGGCAGCGACAUCAUGAACCUGUUGACUUUAAGACAAUAAAACAAUUAGCCGAGUCAGUCAAAACCUAUGGAGUCAGCGCAGCCUUUGUUACGGCUCAAAUUGAGGCUCUUGGCAGAUACUGUCUCACCCCUGGAGACUGGGGGACUUUAGCCAGAGCUUGUCUCUCUCCGGGUCAGUAUUUGGACUGGAAAUCUUUUCUUUAUGAAAAUGCUAACGCUCAGGCUGCAAUCAACUUGGCUUCAGGAGCCGACCCUCAGAGACAUUGGGAUGCUGAUAUGCUAUUGGGAAUAGGCAGAUUUGCUUUGAACCAGACCGGUUAUCCAGAUCAGGUCUAUUCUCAAAUUAAUGAUAUAGCAAUUAAAGCCUGGAAAGCAUUGCCUAAUAGAGGCGCAGUCUCUGGGAACCUUACCAAGGUUCUGCAAGGACCCACUGAGCCAUUUUCAGACUUUGUAGCCCGCAUGGUGGAGUCCGCUACUAAGAUCUUCGGAGACCCUGAUACAGCUAUGCCUCUUAUUAAACAACUAGUGUAUGAACAGUGUACUAAAGAGUGUAAGUCUGCUAUAACACCAUACAAACAUAAAGGUUUGGAAGUUUGGAUGAAGGUCUACAGGGAGAUAGGCGGACCAUUAACUAAUGUUGGUCUAGCUGCGGCAAUGAUGCAAUUAAAAGGGAAGGGUUCUACAGAUACCUGCUACAAAUGUGGCUACAAAGGGCAUUACAGAAGGCAAUGCCCUGAAAAUAAUAAGGAACAGAGUAUUAAAAAACCUCUAAGACCUAACUUGUGCCCUCGCUGUAGAAAAGGGAACCAUUGGGCAAGUGAAUGUCGAUCUGUAAAGGACUUGGAUGGCCGACCUCUGGUGGCAGGAGAUGGUGGUGCAUGGCCAAAAAACGGACGACGGGGCCCAUGUCCUCAGGGCCCUCAAAUAUAUGGGGCUCUACAGAAGGACAGGCAGGGACAGAACAGACGGAGGUCUUGGCCUUCUCUUCACCACCCGAAGGACCGAGGAGAGCCACUAAGGGCUCCGCAGGACUGGACCUCCACUCCACCACCAGACUCGUAUUGACCCCCCAAAUGGGAGUACAGCCUAUAGACACAGAUUUUAAGGGACCUCUCCCUAAAGAUACAGUUGGGCUGUUGUUGGGGCGCUCCUCUUCUGCCCUGAAAGGUUUACACAUUGUACCUGGAAUAAUUGACCCUGAUUAUUUAGGCACAGUAAAAGUCCUGGUAGCCUCUCCCCAGGGAAUUUCUGUUAUUUCCCCUGGAGACAGAAUUGCCCAGCUGCUGCUUCUGUCCAGCCUGCAUAAACAUUUUCCUGCUGAUAAUAGAAUUACAGGAGAUAGGGGCUUGGGAUCUACAGGCUCCCGAUUUGCUUUCAUCUCAUUAGAGCUUGGCAAUCGUCCAAUGUUAACCUUGACUGUGGAAGGACGCUCUUUUCUUGGCUUAUUAGACACUGGAGCAGAUCGAAGCAUUAUCUCUGUGCAUGACUGGCCAUUCAGGUGGCCUGCACAAAAAUCUUCUCAGGCCCUACGCGGCCUUAGGUACGAAAUGGCUCCUCUAAUUAGCUCAAAGGAAUUGACAUGGGAGGAUUCAGAAGGAAGGUCAGGAAGGGUUACUCCCUAUAUCAUAGACAUUCCUGUGACACUGUGGGGCAGAGAUGUCUUAAUAAAUCUGGACCUGAGGCUGACUAAUGAGUACUCUCCACAGGCCAAGGACAUGAUGAUUAAAAUGGGCUACAUGCCCAAAAAAGGUUUGGGAAAAAAUUUACAAGGACGAGUUGACCCAGUGCUACUGGAAUCAAAAAGAGACAGAACAGGUCUGGGUUUUUCCUAGGGGCCAUUGAGGGAAGCAUACCCAUUACAUGGAUUACGGAGGAACAUGUGUGGAUUCCUCAAUGGCCUUUAUCCUCUGAUAAAUUAACUGCUGCUACUGAAUUAGUGUCUGAACAGCUAAAAUUGGGACAUAUACAGCCAUCCACAUCGCCCUGGAAUACACCUAUAUUUGUCAUUAAGAAAAAAUCAGAAAAGUGGCGAUUAUUGCAUGAUUUAAGAGCUAUCAAUUCUCAGAUGCAAAUAAUGGGUCCCAUACAGAGGGGUUUACCAUUGCUCUCCAGUAUUCCUGAUAAUUGGCCUAUUAUUAUUAUUGACAUUAAGGAUUGCUUUUUUUCCAUCCCUCUUGCCCCACAAGAUAGCGUGCGAUUUGCAUUUACCUUACCCUCUAUGAACAAUGAAGAACCCGAUAAGCGCUAUCAGUGGGUAGUCUUACCUCAAGGUAUGGCUAAUAGCCCUACUAUGUGUCAGCUGUAUGUGGGGAAAGCCUUACAGCCUAUACGUGAUCAAUUCCCAAAAUUGAGAACAAUACAUUUUAUGGAUGAUAUAUUGCUUUCUGCUAAAGACUGUAGUACCCUAGAAACGGCCUAUGCUGAAGUGAUAAGGACGCUUGAAAGUAAUCAAUUGUUUAUAGCACCAGAGAAGGUUCAAAUGGGCAAAAAAGGAGAAUAUUUAGGAGCAAAGAUUACUCCUCAUAAUGUUUCCCCUCAGAAAAUUGAAUUACGAAAAGAUCAUUUAAAAACAUUAAAUGAUUUUCAAAAGUUGCUGGGAAGUAUAAAUUGGAUUCGACCCUAUAUUAACAUGCCUAAUGCAGAUUUACAACCACUCUAUGAGAUCCUUAAAGGGGAUUCUCAGCUUACUUCACCCCGUGCUUUAACUGAGGAAGCACGAAUGUCUCUAAGGAAAGUGGAGAGAGGACUAGAAAAGGCAAUGCUGAGAAGAUACAAGGAAAAUGAGGAUCUUUUUUUGUGUAUACUGAAAACUUUUCGUCAGCCUACAGGGGUGCUAUGGUAACAGGGACCACUUCUGUGGAUUUAUCCUCAUAUUUCUCCUAAUAAGACCCUUGAAUACUAUCCUUCUGCUGUUGCGCAGCUUGCUUUGUUAGGUGUUAAAUCUUGCAUUCAACAUUUUGGUAUUUUACCAAAGAGGAUUAUUGUACCGUAUACUGCAACUCAGGUAGAAACAUUGUGUGCCUUGAUAGAUGAUUGGGCUAUAUUACGCUGUAGUUUUGACGAAGAGUUUGACAAUCAUUAUCCUAAGGAUCCUUUGCUGCAAUUUUUUACUGAACAUCCAGUAAUUUUUCCUAAGGUCACUGCCUCAGAACCUUUGUCUGGAGCAUUAGAUAUUUAUACAGAUGGCUCCAAAACAGGUGUAGGUGCCUAUAUGGUUAAUUCUCAAGAACCAGUCUUAAUUUAAUUCAGUCCAGGCACCCCUCAAAUUACAGAAUGCAAAAUUGUAUUGGAGGUUUUCAAAAGAUUUCAUGAUCCUUUUAAUUUAAUUUCUGAUUCUGCUUAUGUAGUUAACGCUGUGCGCUCACUUGAAAUUGCAGGGCCAAUUAGGUCGACUAGUACUGUAUGUCAAAUUCUUUUAGAAUUGCAAAAAUCGAUUUGGGCCAGAAAAAAUAAGUUUUUCAUACAACAUAUUCGAGCUCAUACUAAUUUGCCUGGUCCCAUGGCCAGUAAUAACGCUUUGGUGGAUGCUAGUACUUGCAGAGAAUUUAUUUUUCAUGCAGCCCCAGUUGAUCUCGCUAGAGAAUUUCAUCAAAAGUUUCAUGUUCCUGCUUUCACUCUUCAACAAAAAUUUAAAAUCUCUAGAGCUGUAGCUCGUGAUGUAGUAUUACGUUGCCAGAAUUGUGUUCAAUUUCACCACCCUCCUCAGAUGGGAAUUAACCCUCGUGGCCUGAUUCCAUUAAAGCCCUGGCAGAUGGAUGUCACACACAUAUCUCAAUUUGGAAAUUUAAAAUAUGCACAUGUUUCUGUUGACACAUGCUCUGGCAUUAUACAUGCCACUCUAAUGACUGGUGAAAAGGCUCGUAAUGCCAUUAGUCAUUGCUUAGAGACGUGGGCAGCCUGGGGAAAGCCUGACCGCCUCAAGACAGACAACGGACCUGCCUACACUGCAAAGUCUUUUCAGACAUUUUGCCAAACAACGCAGGUCAAACAUACUACAGGAUUGCCAUACAAUCCCCAAGGUCAAGGAAUUGUGGAAAGAGCACAUCGUACUUUAAAAGAGCUCUUACAAAAACAAAAAGGGGGAAUUGCCUAUGGCAGGACACCAAAAGAACAGUUGUCUUUAGCUCUCUUUACUCUAAAUUUUUUAAUUUUGGAUGCGCAUGGACGCUCUGCUGCAGAUCGCCAUGCAGCCACUAAACCCAUGACUUAUUCAGAUGUAAAGUGGAAGGAUGUCUUAACUGGUGAAUGGUGUGGCCCAGAUCCCGUAAUUUCGAGAUCUAGGGGAGCUGUUUGUGUCUUUCCACAGAAUCAAGACAAUCCAAUCUGGGUGCCUGAACGUUUGAUUCGCAAACUGCCUCCUGCUAUUCGUGAAGAUGAGACUACGAACCCUACUAUUAUUACUGGGAAUGAGCAAAGAAAUCUCUAAUUAUUUGAAAGGAAACUGGUCCAUGGAAGCGGAACAAUUAUCGAGACAAUUGCUGAUGCAGAUUGCUGUCCUUAACAACACCAGAAUGGAACCCAUCUCGAUUGGGGAUUUCACCUCGUGGAUCACCAAUGCUUUCUCAUUUUUCAAAGAAUGGGCCGGCAUGUUUGCCUGGGGGGCCAUUGUCCUUUUGGGAUGUGGAGUAUGUCUAUGGCUUUUUUGCCAUUUACAACGAGAGCAUGCUAGACACAAAGCGAUUGUUUACCAGGCUAUGGCGGCCAUUGAGAGCGGUGCUUCUCCCAGUGUGUGGCUGGCCUCUCUGAAAAAUUGAGAGUUCGCCCUAGAUCAUAUUUUGUCACUGUCAUGUGAAGUCAUUGUAUCCAGAGACGGGCAACUUUCCUCAGGCUCGGACCAACCUAAGCCAGGAGCCCGGUGGCGAUAGGGUUAAUUUCCAGUGACGGGUAAGGCCGAGUUUUUGAGAGGAACGACCUAAGACAGGAGCAAUGACGUGUAUUGAUGUGACACCCAGAUCUAGACCAGUCAUGGACAGAGGUGGCCCCGCCCUGUUUGUACAUUCAGGCUGGUUCCAUGCCCCUCUGCUCUGUCUCUCCCCUAUUAUUAGCACGCCAAUAGCCCAGAACGGUGUGUUGUACAUUUCAGUCAUCUCUAGCCAUUGGGGUGCAGUCCAAACUGCAAGAGUGGCUCGUCAUGGCCGAGCUGGGCACUCUGUGAGGCAUGUCUGAUCUCUCUCAGACCACUACCUCCACCUAAUGGACUCAUCUUUUGAUAAAACAAAAAAGAGGGAGAUGUUGGGAGCAAUUAUUUAUAGCACUGACAUCUAGUGGUCGCUUGUAUUAUUACCACCUUUAGCUUUCUUCUGACAUCUUUACUAGGUCAUAGUUGAUAAGCAUGUUAAUAAGAUGUCUUUACUCCACCAAUCCCCAGAGGACAAGUUCUUAGCCAUGCUGUCUGUUUUGUACUUAAGGCAAGUGCCUUUGUUCCCCGGGGUCCCCGUAUCAUCAAUAAGGUGUUCCUGCAAUAAAGGCUGAUUGAGAAGGA